AUGACGCGUCAUUUGGAAAAUUAAACACGCCCCUAAGGCCGGCCCGUCCCUCAACGGCCUCUAUAUAAUGAUGAAACGUCCUCCCGCCUGACAUACAUAGAGGAAAGGCCUUCGGUUUCUUGCAGCCUUCGUCUUUCCCUCGCCAUGGCUCAGACUGUUGUUCUCAAGGUUGGCAUGAGUUGUGAAGGCUGUGUUGGAGCUGUAAAGAGGGUACUGAACAAAAUGGAAGGUGUUGAAUCGUAUGAUGUAGAUCUGAAGGAACAGAAAGUAACAGUGAAAGGCAACGUGCAACCAGACGCUGUGCUGCAGACUGUCUCAAAAACUGGGAAGAAAACAUCAUUCUGGGAGGAGGGCGAGAAGGCCCAUGCAUGAAGCUCAUGUUCAAUUCAGUAGUAGAAGUGUUAGGCUAUGCCUUUGUCUCUUGUAUUUGGCUUGUGAUGAACAGUCCUGUGUGAUCACUAUGUUGGGUCUUCCUAAAUGUCAUGUAUCCAGGAUUUAGAUAAGAAAAAUAAUUUCUACGGUGUGGUUUA